UGAUCUCCCUUGGUCUUAUUUUGCAUUUUAUAAAGUAAAUAUUUUUAUUUUAUUUUUUGUACCUACAUUCACACCAAAACUCGCAUAUAACCCAUUCACCUGUCACAACACGCCUAUUACCGAGUAAUGGGUGAUAACGGCGAUAACGGCGAUGACAUUGGCAGUACACGGCGCAGAGCGCACCCUUCCCGCAGUCGCGUCGACAUGGGCCUCACAUUGGUAGUGACAAAAAGGGGUCGUAAAACCCUGCUCACCGAUGCUGCGCACGCCACAUCAACAAGCGCGUCUGCGGAUAUCAACGAGAUCAUCAGGCUCAGCGCAGCGGUAGACUUGGAAGACAAGGAGAACAAUUGUGAAGAAGCGAUUGGUCCUGUUGGCGCAGCUGGGCAGAGCGUAUACGGGUUCCAGAAGAGAUCCCAGCGCGGGCGCGGUGGCAGCAGCAUCAGUGUUAGUGCCGACGCCAGAGGCACGAGGGGAAGAGGAAGGGGAAGGGGAGGCGCCAAGGGCGGUAGAGGGCGUGGUGCUGGUAGCAGCGCGACAAAAGCCAGACAUAGAGAACGUGUCACGGUCGAGGAUAUCGACGAAGAUGAAAACGAUGAGGAUGAGGAUGAAGAUGAUGGUUACGACGAAGAUGUCAAUGAGGACUCUGUUGCCGAUAGUCAGGACGACGGUGAAAACAUUGGCGACGGCGAUGAUAUAAUGGAGGUUGAGGAAGACGAAUUCGGGCGAAAUGGCCCAGCGUACGAGCGCUAUUUCCAGGAUCUCCACACAACCAAGGGCAGCAAGACCUCUAACAACACGCUUUCAAAGCUCCCGCCACUGUCGCAAGCAGAGUGCCGCACCAUUCUGGCCAAGGUACGUCCCAAGCAUGAGAGAGAGCUGGAGACGUUAGAGCAGCUCCACCGCCGGGAAUUUAAACAGUGGUACUUUGAGCUCAUGUGUGGAUUCAACAUCAUAUUCUACGGCUACGGCUCGAAGCGCCGCAUAAUGAAUAUGUUGGCGACCCACUUAGCAACCGACGCGCCCGCCGUAAUCGUCAACGGAUACUUCCCGACGCUCAACUUUAAGCAAACUCUGGAGAAGAUCAUAUCCGAAGUCAUAGGCUUUAGCGACACGACAGGGACCAUUGCCGACUUGGCCUCGCUGAUACACGGCUACUUUGAGUCUGACAGCCGCAAGGUUAACAAGAUGUACAUUGUCGUUCACAAUAUCGAUGGCCCGUGUCUUAGAAAGCACCAGGGUGCGCUGGCAGUGCUUGCCAGCUGCAAGCGCAUUCACAUGCUGGCGUCCAUCGACCAUAUCGAGGCGCCGCUCAUUUGGGACUCGAGUAUGAUUACGCGGUUCAACUGGGCCUGGCACGAUUUGACGACAUUUGAGCCAUACAUCGUAGAAAUGAGCUACGAGAACUAUGGAUCGGAGUCGACAGAGAUCGGCCCGCGCGGCGUCCUCCACGUUUUGGCCAGUCUGACAGAAAACGUGAAAAGCAUAUUCCGCAUUCUCGCCGAAUACCAGAUCGCAGAGUCUGUCAUGGAUGAUGCUGUCUCUGGCGCCCAGAAAAGGCCUGGCGCAAAGGCCCCCGAGAUGCCCUACAACGGUUACUUUGCCGCCUGCCGAGAUCAGUUUUUGGUCAGCAGCGAGAUGACGUUCCGCUCGCAGCUGACCGAGUUCCGCGACCACAAGGUGAUACGGUCACGCCAUGCGACAGACGGAACCGAAUUCGUGCAUAUCCCCCUAGACGCAGCAAUUCUCGAAACCAUCCUCGAGAGUAUGGACUAGCUGGCAAUCGAUAUUUAACACAAAAAGCAAUAUACAAAACACAAUCACUACAAUUGACAAUUAUCGCCUUAUCAGCCACGCC